ACAAAGUGUACCGUUGUAAGGGCCCCACCUUGCUAUGUCUCAGUCCUUCUACAUGAUGACUUCAUAUGUGAUUUCCCACGUCUGUCCGUCAGAACGGCCCAUUUGCGCCCCAGUGCAGGAGGGAGGCAGAGAGAACUUUCCUGACCACGACGCAGUAUGAGGAGCGGAGCGCAGGCCACUGGUAGCGCAUCAUCAGUCAAACCCACUUAGCGUUCAGCUCUCGCCAGUGUCUCAAACGCGUGGAUAAUAAACUUCGGCGCAAGCUAGAAACGGAUUACUGCCUUGGAAACACUCGAUGGUAUACGAAUUUCACAUUUAGUCCGUUCCUAAAUAAAUCUUAGUUUGUGGAAGUGAACUGUUCUACUUUUGAGUUGAUCAUAAGUUCCUUUCAGACUUAGUAGCUGGCAUAACCACCUGGGAAUUUUAUCGACUUCUUUCGACAAUGCCCUAGGCUGCGGGGCGCAUGUUAUUUCACUUUUACGUAUUUAAUGACAACUAUACGGGCAUUUUAACUUAAAAAACUAUGGACCUGCUGUACCAAGUGCUUCCUGUCACCACGUUUAUGAGCGUUCUACAGUCGGCCGUGUACUUCUUUGCUCUCUUAAAUAUACAGGUCCGUGGUGACGCAGUGGAACCGUCUAAGCAUCCAGGCCUCCAGGUGCUGGCCACCGCCUCACACUACUGGCCUCUGGAUGCGGUGGACGGGAUCCCGGAGCUGUGGGACAAGUUUGGGAACAGAUCAGGUCAUAUUAAUGGGAGUAAUAUAACUCUCAGAAUCCACAACCACACUGUGCUGUCCACUUCUCAUAACUCUUCCUCUGUGUAUGCCAAUGAUUCUGCCUACACUAACAUUUCUGCAACAGUAGACAUUGUAGAAGGGAUGGUGAACAAGGGCAUCUAUCUAAACGGGGACCAAGGAGGAACUUUUCUGCACUUUGGGAACUACAAGAACUCUUGCAUCAGUGACCCAAUGCUAUGCGGGCCUGAAGGCAUUACAUUUUCUUUUUUCUGGAAGGACCAAGAGGUGGACUCCCGUUUCAGCAUCGCCUCUGGAGGUAAAGGCAUGUCCAACGGCUUCUCUGUGUACACCAACCCACUCGGGGGGUACGUGGAAUUCUACACCAGAGGCAACUCCAAGAGGUGGAUGGCCAAGAUUGAUCUUCCAGGUCCUUACUGGACACACAUUCUCUUCACUUGGACCAUGAAAGAUGGUCUGAGUGUCUACAUCAACGGGUCAUUCAGUGUCAGUGACACUAAAGGAAACUUCUCCCAGAACUAUGGGGACACCUACCCUCACCUGGUUAUUGGUACGGGAAACGACUUCAAAUCGAAGGGUCACUAUGCCACGGGCGCCUUUGAUGAAUUUGUGAUCUGGGAACGAGCGCUGUCUCCAGAAGAUAUCAGCAUGUACUACAAAGCAGCCAUUGGUAUGAAUGUUUUCUCCCCCACGCCAACUCCUCUUCCUUUCGUUGUGUCAUCGACGACCCAGCCGGCUCUGCAUCUCUCCCAGGAAACCACUCCAGAGUCCAGCGACCCCAUCAGCCUCAGUAACCUGACGGAGGACGUGGUUCCCUCUGAGGAGCCUGUGCCUAUGCCCAUUGCUUUGGACAAUCUGCCCAUCAGUCUGCAUAACAAGACCCUGCCCGGCCACACGGCCAACAACCUCACUCAGACGUUUCUCAGGACUGUAGAGGAGAUGUUGAACUCCACUGGAGCAGGCAGGGAGGACCAGACCCAAGGCCAGGCUGAUGACGAGUCUGCCCCUGUGGUAAAUGAGCUGAUCGAGACAGUGGACAAGGCCAUGGAUGGUUUGGUGAAUAUCCUGGAAGUGAAGUCUAAAGCCCCGGUUGCAGUCCAGGGCAAGUCUCGAGUAGCAGACUAUUCCUUGAUGAAGAUUCCACAGAACUACAACAUGCACACCUACAGAUUCCCAACCCAGGGCAAGAACUACAUCUCCGUCCCAGGAGCGGCCUUAAACAUGCUGUCUCAGACUACCAUUGUUGGACUCUUCUACCACAACAUGCACAACUAUUAUAAAGAGAUCAGCCCCAUGAAAACCAGGAUCAACGAGGCGUCUGACUUUAAAGACCACAAGAUACAGGUGGCCAGUUACCUCAUCUCGCUCAAAGUGGAGCCCUUACCUGCCCUGUCCAUCAACCUGUCCAAAGAGCCACUCAUCAAGAUCGUGCUCACGCAUCAGCUGACCAAAGAGCAACAAAUGCAAUCAUUGAACAAGAGCAACAGAGUUCACCUGUACUGUGCAUUCCUGGACUACAGUUCUAAAGAAGGUGUGUGGUCUAACGAAGGCUGUGUUCGUUCUGGUGGGAACCUGUCCUACUCUGUGUGUCUGUGUAACCACCUGACCAACUUCGCCAUCCUCAUGCAGGUUGUCCCCAUUGAGCUGUCCAAAGCCAACCAGGUAGCGCUGUCAACCAUCAGUUACAUUGGCUGCUCCAUCUCCAUCUUCUGUCUGGCCAUCACGCUGGUGACCUUCGCCAUACUUUCGUCGGUGAGUACCAUCCGUAACCAGCGCUACCACAUCCAUGCCAACCUGUCCUUCGCCAUCCUGGUGGCCCAGAUCCUUCUCCUCAUCAGCUUCCGCUUUGAGCCAGCCACGCUGCCCUGUAAGGUGAUGGCGGUGCUGUUGCACUUCUUCUUCCUGAGUGCCUUCGCGUGGAUGCUGGUGGAGGGCCUGCACCUGUACAGCAUGGUGGUCAAGGUGUUCGGCUCCGAGGGCAGCAAGCACAUUUACUACUAUGGCAUCGGCUGGGGAUCUCCUUUGGUGAUCUGCGUAGUGUCUGUGACCUCAGCUCUGGACAGUUACGGUGAAGUGGGGAAUUGUUGGUUGUCUCUUAAAAAUGGGGCCAUUUGGGCUUUUGUGGCUCCUGCCUUGUUUGUCAUAAUGGUCAACAUCGGUAUUCUCAUUGCUGUGACCAGGAUCAUUUCAAGAAUAAGUGCUGAAAAUUACAAAGUGCAUGGGGACGCCAACGCUGUCAAGCUGACGGCCAAGGCUGUGGCGGUUCUGCUGCCUAUCCUGGGCAUCUCUUGGAUCUUUGGGGUUCUGGCCAUCAAUAACCAGUCCCUUCUCUUCCAGUACAUGUUUGCAGUAUUCAAUUCUUUACAGGGUUUCUUCAUAUUCCUUUUCCACUGCCUGCUCAACUCUGAGGUGAGAGCGGCCUUCAAGCACAAGACCAAGGUGUGGUCCCUCACCAGCAGCUCCAUACGCAACAUCAACGUCAAGCCCUUCAACUCUGAUGUGAUGAAUGGCCCCAAGGGUGUAAGUCCAACAAGGAUGAACACGUGGGACAAAAGCAGCAACUCAGCCAAUCGUAUGGACCUGUCUGCCGUAUAGGAGCCAAUCCCUGCCCUGCAUCUGUCAUGAGGUGGGCGGCCAAAGUGAGAGAUAGGAGAAGUAAACACUACACAACCAUCCUCUUUGCCUAAUGGCGAAACACUGGCUCAUUCAAAAGCUUCUUCAUGUUUUAAAACCAAAAUAUAUGUCACUCCUUUGGAGAACUUUCUCUCCUCUGUAGAUGUUUAGAUAAGACUGUCUGGAAAAGACUUUUCUGAUCAACAAGGCUUGGAGUCUACACACUACUCCACAAGUUGGAGUACUUUUGAAGACACUAACAUGGCUGAUUCGUCGUUGUGUCAGCAGCCAUAUUCUCUCCCUUGAAUAAAUCCUCCCACGUUUCUAUCUGACCAGCCAGCGCUGUGUGGAGAGAGCUGACGACACAACACUUUGUGAAGCAGCCCUUUCUCUCUCCUGCCCCCUGCUGGUUAUCUACGACCCCCCACAGGUCCCUUGAGGGGGGGGGGAUUUCUUAACACUCCAAAACAUCAGACCAGAGGGACUGAACACAGUUUUGUAACAGAUGCUCACACAUCCAUGAGGUGUCCACAAGAGAACACUUACUGUUAACGUCAUUGUAUUUCAAAACCAUGCCAUGUUGUUUGUCAUUAGUCACUGCUACAACAACGGAUGAAUUGUUGGAUUUGACACCUAUAAUUGUGUAUAAUUGUGGAAACCCCAGAACAUUGGGAGUGUUGUUCUGUCGAUGAUAGUUUUAAUCUGUUCGUAAUGACGCCUUCUUUGGAUUUGUCUUUGUGAAACUGAUAUUGUGCCAUACCCAGCCUUAGCAGUUAUGCUUCGUCACUUUUUUUGUAAAGUUAAAGUGUUCAGUUGGGCUCAGCAUGGUUCUUGUUGACUGGUGCAGACACAUAGACAUUCAACCUGUGGACUCCGUGGAAGGUUGUCAGUUGUCAUGGCCUUUAGCUACCAUUUGCUUUGAUGCCAUUUCCAAUUCCUUCCCCUGAGAAUACACUGUGGAUUUGAUCCACAUACAGUUUUAGCUGGACACUGCUAGGCCUCAUUUUUGACCUAGUUCAUUGUGGACUAUCAUUUCAAAGUUGAAGUUGAUGCUAUAGAGCAUAGAUCACAGUUAUAAAUGCGACCAACAUCAUCAUUAUCUGAUUGUGUACAACUUUAACCAGCAGCAAUAGGCUGACAGAACCAACUCAUAGUGAAAUAUACCCAAGUCAGUAAGAGCAAGCUGAUGGCAUGACAACCCAGAUUGGAUGUUCAGUGCAGGAUGGAGACUACAAUAGAUGAUAAUGAGUCAGAAAUCUUUACUUUUCAAUCAGCUGCAUUUUUUACCUUCUCUUCAGCACACUCAGCUACCAUUCCCCAGACCAUGGGUUUGAUCCGAUGAAGGAAACUGCAUAGCAUCAAAUAAUCUACAUGACAAUCACACACACACACACACACACACACACACACACACACACACACACACACACACACACACAUCAAAUUUUACAUACCAUUUAUUGGGCAUCAGUCCUCAAUUAUGGAUUCAGUAACAAAACCAUAAACUGUCAAGAAAAGUUUGUUGUUCACUGUAUGUAAUAUUUUGCUAGUCCUAAGUAUAACCUUUUCUUAGGUAGUUACUGUAAGGUUAGCAUCUUGUCCUUUAUUUAAAUGCUUUAAAUUUAAACUUCAUGUAAGUUAUUGAACACAACACUACACUACACUACAUUACACUACACAGUAUAAUCAAAUUAUCUUGUGAAUAACCACAUGGUCAUUCCUUCAGCCUGCAGACAGAAUGAUGAAAUGUGAAACUCUGUCCCUCCCAAGCUGACAUGCUGUGUCAUCAAGUUUGGGACCAUUUCUUCCUCAAUGAUGGGAUCAUUUCCUCCACACAUCCAUUUGAGUUAGUCCACAGUUUAAAGAGUGAAAUCAACAGUAAGGUCAAUAGGAUUGUUUCAACAAUUUGGUUUCAUUAACAUCACAACAUCAUGAGUAGUCAUUUUUUCAUUUAAAGAAUUACAGUACAGCAUUUGCAUCUGUAAAUGUAGUUUACAGAACUACAUAUGCAUUUGCAUCAGUACAUUUGCAGUGCACAUCCUAGGUAACAAAUCUAUGACCUUGGUGUUGUUAGCAAUUGGUUCUAUUGGUAAAUAACAACAACAGUUCAUUUUUGCCAUAGUAGCCUAUAAGGUACAGUAUGGCACUACUCAAGUUGAAAAACAUAUUUUGUAACUAAGUGGGAUCUACGUCAAGGAUAAUGUUUGAUAUCAAAUGUAAUUGUGCCAAAUAAUCUUCUUUCAUAAUUGUAAUCCUCAUGUGUGGAUUUUUUGCAAGUGUUCAUAAGAAAACCAUCACUGAGGAAAUGUCUGACCAUCCUAUCAGAACGGCAAAACUGAUACAGUAGAGAUCCAUUUUAUGAUUUAGAAAAUAAUGUUCUGAGAGGUGUGACAUGAAUUACAUGUAGGUACCUCAUCUGUCUAUGAACUGCAGUAUUUCACACUUUCCUGUCAUGAAUGAACAACCAAUGUGAGUCACCCACAGUCUGUGAAUUGUUUUGUUGAUAAUGUUAUUUGUACUGAGUUGUAGUUAUUGUUCUGUGUCAAAGAUUUUUAUGUUUGGGUCUUCCAUAGAUAGGGACUUUAAUUCAAGUCCUACACACAUACAGUAGGGCCUAUUCCACAUGACGUUCUAACUUUGUUGUGAUCAAAAGCUGUUUCAGACCAAUGCCUGUUGUAGUACUGAGUGUAAAAUCACAUUUUUCCCCAGUUGUAGGACUUUACUGUACAGACUGUUUGAGGAGUUGAGUUCUCUUGUUUUUAGUAUGUCAGAAAAUGUAGAGCUUCCUUAAUGUUUAUCACAAGCUUGUACAUUUAUUUCUCGCACUGUUUGUGACCAAUAUCUUCUGUAUUGCCAUAUUUUAAAUAAAUGAAACAUUUGUGA